AUGGUUGUACAGAAGCUCGCGACACCAAUAGCGCUUUUCACUGCUUUGGUACGGGGAUAUGCAAACCCUGGCAGUUGCUCGGGUGCUUGCAAUGUCCACGACCCAUCGUUGGUUCAGAGGACAUCGGAUAGUCUGUACUUCCGAUUCUCCACUGGCAAUGAAAUUUCGUACGCAAGUGCGUCCUCCAUCAAGGGUCCAUGGACCACGAUCGGUUCCAUGUUGCCGUCGGGUUCCUCCAUCGAUCUUGCCGGUAAUACUGACCUUUGGGCCCCCGAUGCGCAUAUCGUCGAUGAUCUCUACUACGUCUACUAUUCCGUGUCGACAUUUGGAUCGCAGUCUUCUGCUAUCGGCCUGGCGACAUCAGCCACCAUGGAAUCUGGUUCUUGGACCGAUCACGGAAGUACUGGAAUCGCUUCAUCUUCAUCCAAGGCCUACAAUGCCAUUGAUGGCAACCUGAUCGACGUCGAUGGAACUUACUACAUGAACUUUGGCUCCUUCUGGCACGACAUCUACCAAGCGCCGAUGAAUUCUGCUGCAACCAAGGUCGCUUCAUCCUCGUACAAUAUUGCGUACAACGCGACUGGAAGUCACUCCGAGGAGGGUUCUUACAUGUACAAGUACGGCAGUUAUUACUACCUCUUCUUCUCUUCGGGUACCUGCUGUGGCUAUGACACUUCCAGGCCUGCGGCUGGAGAGGAGUACAAGAUCAUGGUUUGUCGGUCAACGUCGCCGACAGGUGGCUUCGUCGACGCGAGUGGUAUAGCUUGCACCAGCAGCGGCGGUACAGUCGUGCUGAGAAGUCACGGCACCGUAUAUGGCCCCGGAGGACAGGGAGUCUUCACCGACCCAAGUUUGGGCCCCGUCCUCUACUAUCACUACGUCGACACCACAGUCGGCUACGCAGACAGUCAAAAAUUGUUCGGGUGGAAUCAGAUUGAUUUCUCCUCAGGUUGGCCCGUGGUCUGA